AUGUCCAGACCCCCAUCUGCCAGUACUCCAAAUUCUCAUAGCACUUCUGCAUUUUAUCAGCCACUGUCUGCAUCUUCACAGCCACAUAGAGCCCUUCACUUUCCCCCUGUUGCCGGGUCACCUCUGGCUCAAUUUUCUUGUCCUGCACCUCUGCUUACGACUCGCUUGCCUGCUACUUCAUCAUCUUCCCAGCCUGCUAUGUCUUCAUUGUCACCACCUGCAAGUUCUUGGCCAUCUCUUCCACAUUAUGCCCCAAUCGCUACUCCAUAUUCUCGUAAUCCACGCGUUAGUGCCACUCAAGUUUCACCCAGUUUUGGUGUACCUCAUGCAGGCAUUCCGAUGUCUACUACAGCUGGUCACAGUCAUGUUCGUUCUAAUAGGAAAACUGCCAUGCCAUACCUCAUACCAGUGAAGCAGGUCUCUGAGAAACAGGUCGACAUUGUCAUUUUCCCUAAUGAUAUUCAUGCUGCACCUGCCGCUCCUGACAGUGUUGACGACAUCUUUGAAGAUACUUACCUUCAUUUUGGCCUUGUGCACCGCAUACCUCUUACUGCAUCCUCGCGCAAUGAAAUCAUAAUGAAUCAAGUGUAUAAUUCUGUUCUCACCAUCUCGACAUCUCACAACAUCCAAUUUCCGCCAGAGCCUGAAUGCUCUUUUGAUCUUGACACAUCUGCACCCAACCGCGAGUUUUGGAUCCAGUUUCAACAUCUUCUAUUUCACCUUCUCAAGAUCGGUUACCAGAUGCCUAAAGGGCACUAUCUGUCCUUCGACGCUACUGAAACGUGGCAAGACUAUGCCUUUCAUGCACUAUCCAAACGUGUCAAUCGAAUCCAGCAUCCCACCGAUCCCAAUGUCGGACUGCUUAUUAUUUACGAGGAGGAGUUAGAGUAUCAAGGCUUGGAACCUGGUGACACUGUUUCUGUUGAGUGUAAGGCAUUCUGCCCAUUGAUAGCUGGCACAAGCCGACACUCUCAAUGGGCUCCUGCUUCAGUCCCAAGUCCAAUUGAUAGUGAUGGAGAUCUUUAUGCACCUCCAACAAUUCUCGGUACCCCUGACGAUCAGCCCCAGGUGCUUCCUGAUAUAUCCUCUCCAGCUACCUCACUUUCGUCUAUCUUAAGUCUGUCACUUAAUUCUCUGCCAGCCCUUGCAAACCCUCAGACCUCUUUCUCUACUGUCAUCGACCUGACCUUGCCAUCCCCCAAUCAUUCCUCACACCUCCCACACUCACCCCUGCACUCGCCCAUUGUUCGCCAUGAUUCCCCACACCUCCCACUCCCACCCCUCCAAUUGCCUAUCAUUCGCCAUCAAUCUGUAUAUGCGUCACCUACUCCACCUCCUUAUGAGACCUUACUCAAGGUCGAUGAUGCCAUCAUGAGGGCCUUUGGCAGUGAAGUUGAGCACGGCAUGGUCCAUGUUCGUGGUCCAACUGUCAAAGCCUGUGCAGAGGGCUUGAUAGAUCUUUUAUGUCAACAGCAACGCGAUUCUGACUCUCCAUAUGCACAUUCUUACCAUGUCAACGAGCGGUUUUCUAUCCAGCCCCAUACUCAGAAGCUCUCUGACAUAUUUGGAAAACACUGGAUCUUUCGCGCAGGCUAUAAGAUGGUGCCCAUGAUGCUUCUGGUGAAGACUCUCGAUAAGAAUGGCUUUCAUGUCCUGCAUAUCCGCGACUUUCCUUCACCUAGUGACAUCGAGCAUGCCUUUGCAUUGGGAGCCAUUUGCACUAUGAUGAUGAUACGUGGGCACAUUGCGCCUGAUCCCAUCUCUCCUGCCUUACUUGUCACUGCAUUUGCUGGUGUUGAAGCUCUUUCUGACAAGAGCUGUGUCGAGGCAUUAUUUCCUGAUCAUUAUGAGGAUCUUGGUCUCCUUCCCUCCUCACCGCAUGAUCUGACCACUUCUGUUUUUCAGGCUGGAAUAAACAUUCAACUGAGCACAACGCACCAAUCAGUAAUCCAGAUGUUGAAAUCGUCCUCCAAGUGGCUCUUAUCACGUUGCUAUCAUCGGCGCAUCACUAAUGGAGAGCAAGUAAUAAGCCGCCUGGACUUUUCUGUGUGCGGUGAUUUCAUAUUUGAAUCUGUAACCGCUCCUCCUUUAGUGGUGCAGCUCCGGUCUGUUUUUGAGCACUAUUUCCGUGGCAUUGGACAUCCGCAACACCCUCAAAUGGCUGAUCUUGUCAAUGAGGCUCAACAGGACAUUGAUAAUGCUGACCCUGCCUAUCGCGCCUGCCGCUUUGUGAAGCUUUUGCGUGGAGUUACCUUGCUGCCUCCACCAGGGCAAUAUUUCACUAUUUAUGUCCAUCAAACUAUACCGGAGACCGUCUGCUUUGCUGGUCAAUAUCAUCGCGAUGAUGACCUGUUGCCUCCAAGCAUACAUGCUUGCAACUACAGUAUGGACAUGUGGUUCAACAGAAAGAUGAUGCAUAUUCUGGGUAGAUCACCUCUCAGCAAUAGCGAUAUCGCUGAAUUGGAGUUUAUGCUUCAUUGUGUCGUGUUUGAUGCCGGUCAGGACAGCUUUACCUAA